AUGGCGACGGCGGCGCGCCAGUGGUUCGGCCGGCGCCCGCCGCGCCCACCGCCGGUCCGGCGCUCGGUGGCGCCGUGGGAGAAGGACUUCUGCGAGUCCCACGGGGUUCCUUGGAAGAAAGUGACGGACCGGGACGCGGGGCUCAACGCCGACGCCGAGGGCCGCGUCGCGCUCUGGGACGACUCGGGCGCCGUGCAGGCGCUGCUCGCCGCCAAGAAGCGGUACUGGGCGGAGAUCAACGGCGGGCUCACGCGCCGUGCCGUCCCGCCGCUGCCGGACCGCAGCAUGUACAUCGACGAGAUCGUGGAGGACGGCGUGGACCCGGAGCUGGACGCGGAGUACGAGGCGGCGCUGCGCGCCAUGGAGGCCGCGUGGUUGGAGAACCUCGCGCUGCAGGUGGCCAGGCGGCGGGACGACUUCGUGCCGGUGGCCACGGGCUGGGACGUCGACACGUCCCCCUCCUUUGACGAAGAUUGGGACUACUUCAUUGAUGAGCCGAAGACAAAGAGGCUCCGGAGCUUGGAUAAGGAGGAGGAGGAUGAUGAGGAAGAGGAGGAGGAGAAUGAGAACGCCGAGGAGGACGACGGUGACAAUGACAACAAUGAGGAGGACGACGAUGGUGGUGGCGGCGACUACUACUACUACUACUUCUUUCUAAUCGUGGCUGACCCCAAGUGA